UUCCUCAUCGUAAAAAUUUGUUGAAAACCCUAGAAACUAGAAACAAUGUAUUUCAUGAGACAGAGUUCUGUGAAGAUGGUUCGAAUCCUCGCCGCCGGUGAGUCUCAAAUAGGCCGUCGUGCUCCGCCCCUGCUUCGUCGCGGCGAUUUUGCAACCGCUGUCCGCCAUAUCCACUCGCGCAACCCUACCCCUUGGUGUGAAAUCUCGCCACAACCAGUGAAUUGGGGAAUUCGAAUUGUGCCAGAGAAGAAGGCUUACGUUAUCGAACGAUUCGGGACCUAUCUAAAGACAUUGACUCCCGGUUUCCAUUUUCUGAUUCCGUUUGUCGAUAGAAUUGCUUACGAGCAUUGUCUGCACGAACGGGCAAUUGCUAUAACCGGUCAGUAUGCUACUACCAAGGACAAUGUUUGCAUUCAAAUUGAUGGGAUCCUCUAUGUGAAGAUCGUUGACCCUAUGUUGGUAUCUUAUGGAGUUAAGCAUCUUAAGAAUCCAUUGGAUGCUCUGAUUCAGCUUGCACAAACAACUAUCCGAAGUAAGCUUCGUAAGAUCACUAUCGACAACACGGAGGAAAGAAACACACUCAAUGAGAAGAUAGUGAUUUCCAUCAAUCAAGCUGCUCGAAACUGGGGCUUAGAGUGCCGUUAUAAAAUAACGGAAAUAUCUUCCGUACGUAGAGUGCAGUCUCAAGCAGAACGAGAAAGGAGAGUUCGAGUUUUAGAAUGUGAUGGAGAAAUUGGCCCUAUCAUCGCUGGAGCAAAAAAAGUUAUAGCCGCUAUAGCAGAAGCACCGGAAAUUAUUGUUGAGGCACUCCUCAAUAAAAAUGCUGGAGUCGAUAAGGUUUAUAUUCUUAAAAUUGCUGAGCAAAUCGCCGCAAGGCUGCAGGCAGACUUGUCGAAUCGCAAAAUUACAGGGACAAUAUAACUUGGACUGUACAGAAUCUGAAUGACGGAAACACAUACCAAAACUUUAUGACUUAUCAAAUUUUAAUUGCAAAACAUUAAUCGUACUUCCGUUUAUUGAUGUCAUUUGAUUU